UGCGGUCGACGACGAUGGCUGAGUCCUUACUCCUAGGCGGAUGGUGAUCGGGGAAUCAUAGCUGGUGGAAGGGAGGCCGGCUUUGCGGACACAGGCAUCCGUGAUGAAGUUGCCGGUGUCACCAAUGUCGAGAAGGGUCCGAAACUUCAUCGUCGAUGCUCCAAAGGAGACGGCGACGAACUUGAUCUGGAACUGGGCGGUUCCGGCACAAAUGGAGGAGAUCAUGGCGUUGAGGCGGCGCUGCUCGAGGCCUAAUCUAACAAGCCGAGUGUGUCGGUCUUGUUCCUCAACGAGAUCGGAGAAAGUGAUAGUGGAGGGGUUGGGGAGGAGGGUAGUGGAACAUGUGGCCGUGGGGUGCUCAGCCGACGGAAUAGAGGACGUCGUCGGGAGGAGGGCAGGCGGAGUAGAUUGCGACGCCUGGGGGGUGUCCGAUGUGAAAGUCGUCGCUGGGGGAGGGAUUGGCAGACGAAUUGUUGAUGCCAAGACAUGGCUACAAGGGGUGGGGGGACAGUGUUUAAGAGGAGGAGGGCCCAGAGGCCGCGGUGGAGGAGGAGGAAGUGGAUGUGGGAGGGCUGGAUCCGGUGGGGCGGGAAGUCUGGUGGGUGGAGCGGCCGGCCUUGGGGCAAUUGGUUUGUUGAUGCCCCAGCUGGCGGCAACGGAAACAACCGCCGUUGGCCUGGAGGAAGGCGCGUUCAGUGGGGGUGAGCUUUUUGAGACGAGGGGGUUGGGGGGAGGAGGAAAGUUGGGAGGCCAGGCGUUGCCGUUCCAUCCUCAUGAGAUGGACAGCCUGGAAGUCUUCCUCGGUGCGGUUGGGGGCGGCUGGUCGUUGAGAGCGGAGGUGAGGAAGGCGAUCAUGGUGGAGAAGGCGGGUAAGGAGAUCGGUGAGAGGGAGCUCGGGCUCGUCGGCGAGGGCUGCGGCGAGGUGGGGGAAGCAUACCCGCUUGAUGCGGGAGAUGAAGACGUAGUCGGGAAUGAGAGUCGACGGGAUGUGGAGGCGGAGGGAGCGAAUGUAUUGGAUGAAUCGCUCGGUGGGGCCGGUUUGGCGGAGGUUGCAAAAUUGAUCGAUGUAGUCAUCGAUGGUCUUUUGCGGACGGAAGGUGGCGAUGAGAAGGUCGACCCAUUGAAGGAAGGUGAUGCGGGGAAGGCCAUUGGCUCGGCAGUUGUUGGCUUCCUAGGUUGUGAGGAGGGGAGGGAAACGGGAAGGGAAGUGACGGGGGUGGAAGAGGGUGUGGUGGAGGACGGUGGGGUGGUGGUGUUGGAGGACAAGGCCUGGCCGGCUUGGCCGGCGGAGAGGCUUUGGCCAGAUUGGCCGGAGGAGGGGGGUUGGCGAUUUUGGCCGGAAGAAGAUGGUUGGCCGGUUUGGCCGGCGGGGGUGGAUUGGAUGGCUUGGCUGGAGGAGGAGGGGGGUGAUGACGUCGUGACGACGGUGAUGGCGGGUGUGUGGUUUUCGAGGGAGGUGACGCGAUCGGAUAUGGAGGUCAUGGAGGCCUCGAUUUUGCGGAGCGAGGCAGAGAGUGCUUGAAACAUGGAGAGGAGACAUGUGUUCUCCCCGGUGCCUGGCUGGUCGAUAAGUUCGCGGUGGAUAUCCUCGACGGAAUCCACGCGGAGCG